AUGAAAUCAUCCAUGCACGUAAGCCAAAUUGCAUAUGGCGCUGACGUACAGACCCGCCGAUUAUACUCUUUCUCCCUAUUGUUUUUCAAAACAUAUCCUCCUCCUUCUCCUCCUCAUCUUCUUCUUCUUUUUCUUUCUUUCUUCCUUUCAUUCUAUUUCCUUUUAAGUCUCUUUCUUCUUCUUUCUUUCAUUCUAUUUCCUUUUAAGUCUCCUUCUUCUCCUUCUUUUUCUUCUUCUUCUUUCUUUCUUUCUGUCUUCCUUUCAUUCUUCUCCUUCUUCUCCUUCUUUUUCUUCUUCUUCUUCUUCUUUCUUUCUUUCUAUUUCCUUUUAAGUGUCCUUCUUCACCUUCUUCUUCUUCUUCUUCUUCUUUCUUUCUGUCUUCCUUUCAUUCUAUUUCCUUUUAAGUCUCCUUCUUUUCCUUCUUCUUCUUCUUCUUCUUCUUCUUUCUUUCUUUCUUUCUUCCUUUCAUUCUAUUUCCUUUUAAGUCUCCUUCUUCUUCUUCUUCUUUCUUUCUUUCUACCUUUCAUUCUAUUUCCUUUUAAGUCUCUUUCUUCUUCUUCUUCUUCUUCUUCUUCUUCUUCUUCAGACUGCUUCUUUUCAGCUAUUUUAUCUCAACCUAUCUUACUCGUCCCUCGUCUUUCUUUUAUUUUCUUUACUUACUGUAAUUCAUUCAACAAUCUCAGAGUUUUUUCUUCUUCAUCUCAAACUAUAUAA